AUGAGUAAAGAAAAUCUUAAAGAGGCUUUAAAAAAAUUAAUAAUAAAUGGCGAAGUUUGUUCGGAAAAAAAGGAUGUUUCAAUUAAGGAUAUAGAGGAAAUGUUUGCUAGCCAUAUUGGCUUUGAAAAUGAGAAAGAAAAAUUUGCUAAUUAUGUCUACUUCUACUCGAAAACCGGCGGUGCUUUUUAUCCUAAGCGGGAAAUAAUUUGCUAUUCCGGAGCCCCUGGCACGGGCAAAACUUCUUUUAUUAAUGCUUUAAAUAAUGCCAUGGGUCGGAAGUUAGAAAUUAUUUCUUUUUCAGGCUUAAAAGAAUUUAAAGAUUAUUCAAUUUUGGGUGAUGCAAAUAAACCAAAAAAAGUUGAGGAAAGAAGUACUAUUCAAAAAGAUUUAAUAACUCUCUUUGACUUGUAUAAAAAUAAUAAAAAAGAUAAAAGUGAAAAAUUAUUUGAUAAAUAUUACCAAAUGGAUAUUGAAUUAAACCAUAUUACUUUCUUUGCUACGGUCAAUUAUCCUGAAAAGUUAUCGCCUUUGCUCAAAUUGGGAGUAAAUAUGCGGAUUUUAAAGGAUUAUACUGAUGAGGAAAAAGAAGAAAUCUUGAAGUUGAAAGAAAAAGAAAUUGAAAAAAGUUUACAAAAAAUUUGUGGGGGGGAAAUAAAGAAUAUUAUUCCCGAAGAAAUUAUUAAGAAAUUACCAAAAUUUAUCCGAGAAUCAGGAAUACGUCAAACCGAAAAGAAUAUCGAAAAAGUUAAAGGCGGUUCCGCAGUGGAAAAUUCUUUAUUGCCGGUGUUUGACCCUCAACAAAAUACAAAGUUAUUUAACCAGGAUUUAGACUUAUCGAAAUAUAUUCUAAUUGCUACUAGUUCCACCCGGGACAUGGGACAAUUGUCAUCGCCUUUAAUUUCCCGGCUGGAUUGUGUUAAUGUUAAAACCAUAGAACCAAAAAGUGGAGCUCCACAAAAUAGUUUCCGUCGCCCUUUAACAGAAUUAAAAAUAACUGAAUUUAAAAAGCAAUUAGUUGAGAAUAAUAUUGAUAUCAACAAUGUGAUAGUUCACGGCCCCUACAUUUUGAAUUUAGCUAAUACUAAUGAGGAUAAGAAAAAAAGUGGAGAGAGAAGCAUCUUUGAAUGGUCGGUUAAAUUUUUGAAAAGGGAGGUUGCUCGUAUGGAAGAAAUUGGUUUGAAAACUAUUAUCCUCCAUCCAGGUAGCGCCUUAAGUGCUGAACCAAAAAAGGCCUUAGACCAAGUUGCUAAAGGUCUUAAUUUAGUUCUUAACGAAAGUUCUAGUAUUAAAAUUGCCUUAGAAACUAUGUGCCAAAGAGGGAAUGAAGUGGGAGGAAAUUUUGAACAACUUCGUUAUAUAAUCGACCAAAUAGAAAAAAAAGAAAGGAUUGAAGGAGUGAUUAAGGAAUUUGAGGAAAAAGUUGGUUUGGAUAAGUUGUGA